AUGUUCUCACAUGAAGAAUUCCUCACAUAUCCUUUUUGGAAUGAGUUUGACUCAUCUCAUCAGAGGCAGAAUUUGUCCAUGGUGGCUUCAUCCUUCACAUCGUUACUCCAAACAGAACCAAAAUUAAUGGUUCAUUCCCAAAUUACCGCUAUGGGAGAGCCGGAUGAUGGUUCAAUCUUUAAGAUGGAUGUCAAGCAUGUCUCCAAGGAAUGGAACAUACAAGAUGGGAGAUUAUUAUUUGAUGAUCCUUAUGGUGUACCUACCCCUAGUUCUCCAGGCAUGCGGUCCUCACCUAUUCCAAGAGAAGAUAAAGUCCCUCUAGUUGGUCAAAAUGGCAUUUCUGAGAGUGGUAUUACACGGGGUCCUACAACAUCACGCAAGUACACAUGCAAGAUUUGCAGUGCCACAUUCAACUCAUCUCAAGCAUAUGGUGGUCACAUGAGUUUGCAUAGAAAAGCAAGGAUGAAAAGCCUACAAAGCUGA